AUGGGGACAUUUACAGCAUCUCCGGAGAUGAACCAAACUUUAGGGGUUUGGACGGACUACAGCCUCCAGUACAAAGUGACGAGCAGUUUGUUGCUUCUCCUCAUCUGUCUUCUUGGAAUCGUUGGGAACGUGAUGGUGAUCCUGGUGGUGCUCACCACCAAACACAUGAGGACCCCCACUAACUGCUACCUGGUGAGCUUGGCCGUGGCGGAUCUGAUGGUGCUCACAGCGGCCGGUUUACCCACCAUCACGGACAGUGUGUUCGGAUCCUGGGUGUUCGGUCACUACGGCUGCCUCUGCAUCACCUACUUCCAGUACCUCGGCAUCAACGCGUCCUCCUGCUCCAUCACAGCCUUCACCAUCGAGAGGUACAUCGCCAUCUGCCACCCCAUCAAAGCCCAGUUCCUCUGCACUUUGUCCAGAGCCAAAAAGAUCAUCCUGUGCGUCUGGGCUUUCACUUCCCUGUACUGCGUCAUGUGGUUCUACCUGUCGGACAUCCAGGAGCUGGUGUACGACAACAUCACCAUCACCACCUGCGGCUACAGGGUCCCCAGGAAGUUCUACCUGCCCAUUUACUUCUUCGACUUCGGCGUCUUCUUCGUGCUGCCGCUGCUGCUCUCUGCGGUUCUGUACGGACUCAUCGCCCGGAUCCUGUUCCUCAACCCGCUGCCCUCAGACCCCAAAGACAAGAAGAAGAACGGACACAACAACCACAAGAGCGUCAGCUGCAAGAACUCCAGACACUCCAGCUCCACCGCCACCUCCCGCAGACAGGUGACAAAGAUGCUCGCCGUGGUGGUGAUCCUGUUCGCCACGCUCUGGAUGCCGUAUCGCACCCUGGUGGUGGUCAACUCCUUCCUGGACCCGGCCUACCUGGACACCUGGUUCCUGCUCUUCUGCCGGAUCUGCAUCUACCUCAACAGCGCCAUCAACCCGGUCAUCUACAACGCCAUGUCGCAGAAGUUCCGCGCUGCUUUCCGCAAGAUCUGCCGCUGCAGGAGCAAGGGCUCCGACAAACCCGCCGCCUACAGCAUGGCCCUCACCUACAGCGCCGUCAAGGACACGUCGAUGGUGGAGAGCACCGACCACUUCACCACGGAGCUGGAGGAGCUCACCGUCAUGGACGACCUGCUCUCAGAUCAGAAGAUGAUGUUUCCCAACCCCUGCGUGUACGGGAAGGUGAACUUCAGCGACGCCUGA